AUGCUGUCUGUGUGGGGUUUGUCUUUCGGACGCCAGCUUGUGCGGGCAGUGGAAGCGGAGACUGUAAUGGAUGGAGACAAUCCCAGAAGCCUUGUUGAACUUUUUGCACAGUUGUACAACCUCAGUCUGUUAUCCCUCUGUGCAAAUCUCAAAAUUUCUGUGCAUGAUGGCCCAGAAAGGUGCCUGCACAUGUCAGCGCUGCUUUUUCUGUACGGUGCUGCUCGUGCUGGGAGCCUGUCCCUGUCUGAGCAGCGAGAGCCCCAGCUGAUGGGUGAGCAUGGUGCUGUGCCAUGCCACUCGGGUGGCAACCUGGCAGCUGCUGUCAGUGGUGUUUGUGGACAGUUUGAGCAAAAGUCUGACACAAAUGCAAGUUACCUGAGAGCUGCUCGAGCUGGCAACUUGGAAAAGGCUCUCGACUACUUAAAAAGUGGAGUGGACAUCAACAUUUCAAAUCAGAAUGGGUUGAAUGCUCUCCAUCUCGCUUCCAAAGAAGGGCAUGUAGAAGUUGUCUCUGAACUGAUACAGCGAGGUGCCAGCGUGGAUGCAGCAACAAAGAAAGGAAACACAGCAUUGCACAUAGCAUCCCUCGCUGGACAAGCAGAAGUAGUCAAAGUGUUGGUUACAAAUCGGGCCAAUGUCAAUGCACAGUCUCAGAAUGGUUUCACUCCACUGUAUAUGGCAGCCCAAGAAAACCACCUGGAGGUUGUUAAGUUUCUUCUUGACAAUGGUGCCAGUCAAAGCCUUGCCACAGAGGAUGGUUUCACGCCUUUGGCGGUAGCUUUGCAGCAAGGUCAUGACCAGGUGGUUUCACUGCUGCUUGAAAAUGAUACGAAGGGAAAAGUUCGUCUUCCUGCCCUUCACAUCGCUGCUCGCAAGGAUGAUACAAAGGCAGCAGCUCUACUCCUGCAGAAUGACCACAAUGCUGAUGUGGAGUCAAAGAGUGGGUUCACUCCCCUCCACAUAGCUGCUCACUAUGGAAAUAUCAAUGUAGCUACAUUGCUGUUAAAUCGGGGUGCUGCUGUGGACUUCACUGCAAGGGUAAGUGUGAAAUCUUAG